AAGAGGCAAUGAUAAGUUUAAUUUUAAUGUCUGCUUUGCAAUUAUUGCUCAAUGCUUAGUGUAAAUCUGUUAGGUGUCAAGAAUAAAAAAUAAGGUGUGUGACAAAAUAAAUCUUAAUUGAACUUCAGAUAUUUCAUAAUACGUCAAAAGGCGAAAACUCAUCACAUAUUCACAGAUCCUCUGGUAGCCCUCCUCAUUUAGUGUUCAGUCAUGUUUCAUCGACUGAAGGAGGGUAUCUUAAACUAUUCAAACAAACCAAUGGCAGGAGAAGACUGGAAGAAAGCUUCAUCUGUCUAUGAUUUCACAGUGAAAACUAUUAAGGGCGAAGAAGUUUCACUGGAAAAAUACAAGGGACAUCCUCUGAUUAUUGUCAAUGUUGCCUCCGAGUGUGGACUCACUGCUACCAACUACAAGGAGUUGGCAGAGCUUUAUGAGAAAUACAAAGACACCAAAGGUCUGAGAAUAUUAGGCUUUCCUUGCAAUCAAUUUGCUCAUGAGGAGACAGGGUCGUCUGAAGACAUUGUGUGUUUUGCUUUGAACCGCAAUGCUAACUUUGACCUCUUCGAGAAGGUGAAAGUCAAUGGAGAGGAAGCCCACCCGCUCUGGAAAUACCUGAAGCACAAACAGGGCAGCAAAUUCGGAGAUGGCAUCAAGUGGAACUUCACAAAGUUUGUAGUGGACAAAAACGGACAACCUGUAGAUCGUUUUGCUCCUACCACUCCUCCACAUAAACUAUUGAAGGCCCUGGAGAAAAUUUGGUAACAGCUUUCAAGAAAUCAGGUGUAUUUGAGUUGAGACUGAUUUUGUCUGCACAUAAAUCUAUGAGACUGAUUAUGAGUAGUAUUUUUGUAAUCAUAAUCAGCUUCUAAAUAAUAACAACCUGUGUAUAAACUAUUUUAAUUUAGUAUACCAAUCAAUUAAUACUCUAUACAGUAUAGUUAUCAAUUACAUAGUAUUUGUUGAUUAAGGGAUCAAUAACGUAAUUAUCCCUUUAUAUAACGUCUAAUAUAACGUUAUAUUAGAUCCCCUACUACUCAAAAGACAUAAAAUUUGAACCCACAGAAUGUGUAAAACAGUUAUUUACAUCAGUUGCACAAAAAUUGGUUAGUCUUUUUCAACUGAUUUAAUUUUAGUACAAAAUCAAAACGUAUUAAAUAAUUGCAAACAAAGGUUUUAAAAAAUACAGCAUUAAUAUUUAUUAUUAUAUUCGUAAACUAUUUGAAUUUAAUCAUUUGAUAAGUAAAUAGGUACUAUAUUGAACAUAUGUUUAUACAAAAAAAUAUUGUUCCUAACUUGAAAGUUUCUUGCUCGUAUGUACCUUUUUUGAUUCACUCCUCAUCACACUGGUGGUAUACAGAUAUGAGAUAUAAAAUACUUACAUUGACAAUGUAUUUGCUCGUAUGUGACACUUCUUCAAUUUUUACUGUGUAACAAAGACAUAUUGGUUAAUUUGUGUUACUUUGGAAUGUUAUAUUAUACACUUAACUUAUAUGUUUUAGUGAAAGUAAUGACUAUAUGAACAAUAAUAAUUAUUGUUACAAUAUAUGAAAAUAAAAUUUAUGAUUUGACAUUCAAAAUUAGUUACAUUCAAUUUGGCAAAGGGAGGAGUUUGUUAGUUUUGUGCCAUAAUUGUAUUUAGUAAAUAAUAUUCCCAUUGUUGUCGGUUUGUUGCCCAAGGCAUGUCUUUCAAUGGUAUUCAUUGAUGGUUAUUAUUGGUUUUCCUUAUGCAAAUUUGUGUACAUAAUGAUAAGUGCCUUUCUGAAUAUUAUUGUGUAAUAAACUAUUUAAAAUAUUA